AAUGCAUGAAUUUUUUUAGAAUUUUUAGCUAAUGUUCUAAGGGUUAAAACGAGGGUUCUUUUGGCUAUUAUUUGGCUCCGCCUUUCAUCUUCCGGCAAUUUUGAGGCGUGUCCGUCGUGACAUCACAAGUUGAACGGAAACUGCUCGCGCAGAAGUAAAUCAGGUCUACAAUGGUGAAGCGAUGUGUUGCGGCUGGCUGUUCUAACUCACACAGCGACCAAGUCAGCUUGUUUUCUUUCCCACAAGACCCAGUUCUUCGAAAGCGAUGGACAGAAGCAGUACAGAGGACUAGAGACAAAUGGAAUGGGCCUUCACGGUAUUCGGUUCUAUGCAGCGACCACUUUACAGAGGACUGUUUUGAAACCGAUCAUCUUUUGGCCUCAUCGUUUGUCAUCGCCAGGCGAGCACGCCUGAAGCCAGACGUCGUUCCAACGCAUUUUGUCAGAGCGAAUUUGAGAACAGGCGCCUCUGGAUCGUCAGCUAUGUCUUUGGAACGAACACGGAAACGAACGUCCACUGGCGGUGAGAGUGAGUUGACAAGCAAGAGGGGAGCAUAUGAGAAGAGACAAAGAGCUAGGCUUCUACAGGAAAUUGUCAGCACUCCAAAGCACCUGUGGAAAGAGAAACAGAAAUGGAAUCUACUUGGCAAGACAGUGAAGACAAUGAGAGUGAGAAGAGUGCAACUCAUGCAGAUAUUGGUGUACAGGCAGUAUGCCUACAGGAUAUUCCACGCAGAUCCACAGUAAAUGUCAGAGUUCAAGUAAAGCCGAAAACUGUCUCCAGGGGUGAGUGACAGGAUAGUUUGAUUACUGACUAACAACUUGUGCGAAUGUACCUACAAAUUAGAGAAUUACACAUGCAUGCAUGUACUAAGUUUUGGAGUCAACAAUAAAUUCUAAAACUACUUACUCCUGUGGAGUUUCAUCUUCAUCAUCAUGACCAUGCUCCUGCCGAUAUUGAAAGUACGCUGUUUGAAGGACCCACACAUUCAGGCAGACUGGUUCAAAUCCUUCGUGCUCUGUGAUACACUUGCAUGAUGUUACACUUUCUUCCAGUUUCCUUUCAAUGUUGUCAUACUCGCAACAGCACACACAUUCAUCUACUGUAGGCA